GGGGUCUGCACCAUAUGUCUUUUCUCAGGGAAAAUAUAUAUUUGCAGAAUGUGUGUUAAUUGGACAAUCUAGGCUGAAUUUGAGAACACAAGUAACGUAUCACCUGAAUAUGAAUACAUCCAGAGAUAUUAUACAUAUUAAGCUAGUGUCAAGCUAUAACAGUAUAACCAGCCACCACCUAUUGGGAAGAGUGCCUAUACUUCCUCCCGUGACGUUCCGUCUACAACAGCAAGCGGAAGUAUACAGUAACAGAAACUCUAAAAAGCUUCAGGAACUACAACUAUGGCAUCAUAACCCCGGAAUUCCCAGUCGAAUGGUAAGCUACGGAAUAUAUCCUCAGCACAGAUACAUCCGUGCAUUCUAGCAUCUUCUGUAGAGGCAUUAGGUGAUUUAGGUCAAGUUCGUGUUCAAACCUUCGGCUGAUCACCCGGGACAUCGGGACUGUUCGAGAGGCAACGCAAUGACCCAUAUGAAAGACAACGUGGCAAUCUAGAUAAGAUCAUGCAAUUGACGACGUUUGAGCCUCGAUCUGGACUGGUCAUGCCUGAUUCAAGCAAGCAUGAAUGGUGAAAAUAGAAUGAUCUCUGGUUAUUUUGGAUCACCUGACAUGAAAAAAAAAGUUACUCCGUAGGCAGUGCUGUGGCGUGUGGAGAAGCAAUCGUGGGUCGGAAGAUGAUUGAUCCCAGACAGACAGAGUGUCGGGCUUUUCCUGGAAAGGAAGUUUCUACGGAACCGAAACAGUUCCAGCGGUCUCAGAGGUUCCAGGUCGGUCGUCGUGGAGUUGCUCCAGACAGAAAUUUUGCGGGGAUACGUCAUUCAGUCUAAGCGACCACAUGACGACAAAGCCCUAUUUGGAUUUUGGACAAGAGUUUUUCCGCGCGUUUCCGAUUAGUCCGUCCAAGGUCAGGAACGUUUGUUACUCUCUUAAGGGGUAAAAGGGGGGGGAAUCAAAGUUUUCAAUCUUUC